CAUUGAAAGCCACGUGCAUAUGUCUAUGAAUGUUAACAUCACUGUUGAAAUGUGCCAACAGGCGUGAAAAGAGAAUCAAUAGCGGCUCUCCCAGAGGCAAGUGUUCAUGGUUAAAUAUAAUUUUUCAGAUGUUUCAAAAGAAGCAAACUCUGCCCUGGGAUGGCUCUCUCUUUGUGAUGCGGUUUUCCUCUGUAAGCCACCGUGUUUAGUGCUGUGUAAUUUUAUCCACGCUGCAACCUCAAUUGGUUCACACAAGACUGAUACCUUACCUCCCCUUUUCCUUUGUAUCAAUUGGUCGGGGUUCGGGCUAUUGUUGCAGGAGGGCUCUUUUAUUUCUGUGCACACUGUCGAUAAGCGAAAUCUCACGAUAGGCUCCCUGUGAAUCCGACUGGCUGUUUUCUCCUCCUCGGUCAGAUACAGUCUGCUUGGAGAGCAGAGUGCAACCCAUGAGCAACAACGAGGCGAAUCCAUGUUGUGGCCACCAAGCCGGCUUUAACUGAUGACCGCGACAUAUUAAAGAGAGGACAGAGGGAUACAGCAAGUUUUUAUUUUAAUUUUCAUUCGACUGGAUCACUUACAAAUUAUACUUCUUUGAUGGGACCCCGCGUGCCAGCUCUUUCCAUUCCAGCGAGAUUUUGCCCAUAUCCCGCCAUGCCACAAUGGUUAUAAUUCUGCUCUUGCUUUUACUGAGCUCCUUGGAUCCGAGUUUACAGGAAUCUCUGGCUUCGGGGCUGACCAGGACCCCAAGGGCGCCCUGUGUCAGGGGCCAGACGUGUGACCCAAGGCAGAGGCGAGAUGCUGGUGGACGCGGCGGGGUUUACGAGCACCUCGGAGGAGCUCCAAGACGCAGGAAACUUUACUGCGCCACAAAAUAUCAUUUGCAAAUUCACCCGAACGGAAAAAUAGACGGAUCUCUUGAUGAAAACAAUCCUUUGAGUAUACUCGAGAUCACAGCUGUGGAUGUCGGUGUCGUGGCGAUCAAGGGCCUGUUUUCGGGAAGAUACUUGGCUAUGAAUGAGAAAGGACGUCUGUAUGCUUCAGACGUCUUCAACCAUGAGUGUGAGUUUCUGGAGCGCAUUCAUGAGCUAGGCUACAACACCUACGCGUCACGGCACCAUGCUACCACCCAGCCUCCCCCAACAGGGGCAGGGGGCGGCAAGCGGCGUGCCAGUUCUAAGAGGCAGUGGUACGUGUCCAUCAAUGGGAAGGGCCGGCCCAGGAGGGGCUUUAAGACAAGGAGCACGGACAAAGCUUCCCUCUUCUUGCCCCGUGUUCUGGGCAACAAGGACCAUGAGAUGGUGCGCAAGCUCAGAGAGAGCCAGCGGCACCAGGCCGGCUCUCACAGAGCCCCUGUGGGUCGGGCAGAACGCAGAAGACGACGCCACAGGGGCUCCAAGAGCCAAAGCACAAGGCCUGACAUUUAACACUCUCUUGACACAGAUGGAGAAAAGAUCCAAAGCCACUGAGAGUCCAACAGAUCAAAUGAGUCACAUGGAACAAUUUUCUUGGGAGAGGAUGAUUUUCAAUAUAUCCAUGCAUACACACAUACAUAUAUAUAU